AGAUGGCGCUACACGGUGCCUUACUCGUGAGGCUAAGAGAGCUUUGCAAAGUGGCCAAAUGUGCUCAUACAGCAGGAAAAACGGCAUUUAACUGGAGCGGAGGAAUGCGGUGGCAUGGGACAAAAGCGCAGAAGUUUCACGAGCACAGCGCGUCAUGUUUCAACAGUAAACCAGGUAAUGGUAUUCCACAUCUUCUGAAGGAGUUUCCGGAUCCUAAAAGCCUCCUCAACAACACAAUUUCCCGGUCACUAGGAGUGAAUGAUCUGUCCCAGCUCAUCCAGUACACCUGUACGGAACAUGCUGGUGUCAAGAAGGCCACUGUCACGCUGCUGUGGCCCAGCAAGAUUAAAGAAGAGGGUUAUGCUUCCAAGAAAAUUGAUGCAGAGCGAUUUGCAGCUGCUGCAGCCUGCCUCAGACUCAGGGAAUUGGGUGUGAUUGGUCCUAACAAUCAGCUCCCAAAGAGGAGAGCUGGCCGGAUAAGCGGAGGGCUACAUUCCCAUCUUUAUGAUCCUGAAGAGAACUGUCUGACAAACUUUCCCAACUCCAGAACCGAUGAAUUGAUUCCUCCUGUGGAAGAUGCCUUCAAUGUCUCUGAAGCUCUUUCUCUGUUUCCACAACCUAAAUCUCUUCUGACCAGAGUGAUCCAGGUGGCCACUUCAUCCAGCAGAGUCAGGGAGUUAAUGCAUUUCAGAACAGCAGGUGGAAAACUGAAAAAGUGCGAGCUGACUCUACUUUGGCCGGAGAACAUGAUGUUCAGAGCGACGGCGGGUACCCGAGUGAUGGCAGAGAAAAAGGCUGCAGCACUUGCCUGCAUGAAGCUGAAGGAGCUUGAUCUGCUAGAUAAAGACAAUAAUCCACUUACUCAUGCAAAGUAUCAUCGAGAAAAAGUAAAGGAGGCUGGAGAGAGAGAGAGGCGUCCAUUCCCACUAGCGAUUCCAGAAUAUUUGGAGCAACCCAUGAGAGACUACCUAACACAGUACCCGGUUGCAACAGAAGUACAGAAACUAUGGGAGAACGAAGAGGCAAGAGGACAACAGACGGUGAACGAGGAGGAAGAGGAUGAAGAAGACUAUGUUGCGGAUGCUAUCACCAGUAGGCCAUACAGGCCGAUGUCCAAACAUCAGGCUCAGUGCCUCAGUCGCCACCUACAGGAGGCAUGGGAAAGGGCAAACCCUGGACUCAGCGUGGAGCUGCCUGUCGACGCUCACCGACAGCGCGUGGUCUCAGCCGUGCGCUCCUCCAGGGUGGUUGUGAUUGCCGGCGAGACGGGAUGUGGAAAGACGACGCGGAUCCCACGCUUUCUGCUGGAAGAACAAGUGAGAGACGGGGAGGGCGCAGACUGCAACGUCCUCGUCACACAGCCUCGUCGGAUCAGUGCCGUGUCUGUAGCUCAUCGAGUCGCUCACGAGAUGGGGCCACUUCUGAAACAUCAUGUCGGAUACCAGGUGAGACUUGAGAGCCGCCCUCCUGAGGACAGUGGGGGGUCCAUGCUCUUCCUCACUGUGGGCGUCCUACUGAAGAAGCUGCAGUCCAACCCAACCCUGAAAGGAAUCAGUCAUGUCGUUGUGGACGAGGUUCAUGAGCGAGAUGUAAACACAGACCUGCUGCUGGCGUUGCUGCGCUCGAGCUUGGACGAGAACCCUGACUUGCGAGUUGUUCUCAUGAGCGCCACAGGGGACAACCAGAGGCUGGCAGAGUACUUCGGAGGCUGUCCUAUCGUAAAGGUCCCGGGAUUCAUGCACCCUGUGAAGGACAGGUACCUGGAGGAUGUGAUGCAGGAGAUGGGACGCUUGGCUAAGAUCCAAAACAGGGUGGAAUUAAGCAAGGAGGGGUCGGACGAGGCCGCACCAGAUCUGGACUUAGUAGCUGAUGUAAUUGAGCACAUUGACAGACGUGGAGAGCCAGGUGCGGUGCUGUGUUUCCUCCCUGGGUGGCAGGACAUCAAGAUAGUUCAACAAAAACUGGAAGAGAAACCUCACUUUUCACCAGGCUCACAAAUGAUUGUGCCAUUGCACUCAAGCUUAUCAGUAGCUGACCAGCAGAUGGUGUUCCAGCGUCCCCAAGCUGGACAGAGGAAAAUUGUGCUCACCACCAACAUAGCGGAGACCUCCAUUACAAUAGACGAUAUAGUUCAUGUGGUGGAUACAGGAACUCACAAGGAACAGAAUUAUGACCAGCGGACAAAGGUUUCUUGUCUGGACACAGUUUGGAUAUCUCGCUCUAAUGUCACACAAAGAAAAGGGAGAGCAGGACGUUGUCAGCCGGGGCAGGCGUACCAUCUGUUCCCAAGGAAACAGCUGGAAGCCAUGACGCUCUUUCCUGUUCCUGAAAUCCUGCGCACACCACUGGAGAGUUUAAUAUUGCAGGCUAAAAUCCACAGUCCAAAUUGCAAGGCUGUUGACUUCCUGUCCCAAGUACUGGACAGUCCAGAGCCACAAGCUGUGAGAGAUGCUGUCCAAAACCUCCAAGAUAUCGGGGUCCUGGACAAGACGGAAACCCUGACUCCUUUAGGAGAGCGUGUUGCCUGCAUGUCAUGUGACCCACGGCUGGGCAAAGUCCUCGUCCUGAGUGCCAUGUUCAGGUGUGUUCUGCCCCUGUUGUCCGUAGCUGCCUGUCUCACCAAAGACCCAUUCCACAACAGCCUGCAGAACAGAACUCUUGUGAAUAAGGCCAAAGAGGAGCUGAGCGGCUCCAGCUAUAGCGACUAUCUGGUGUUCAGUCGAGCGAUUCUGGGCUGGAGGAAAGUCCAGCAUGAGGGGAACAGAGAGAACAGAGAUGACUAUUUGGACAGAUACACUCUGUCUAAAGGCAGUCUCCGAUUUAUCAAUGGUCUCAUCUCCCAGUUCAGUGACAACCUGCAGGAAGCAGAGCUGGUUUCCCGUGCCAGUGAGUGCCAGCGGCAGACUUCUAUCUACAAUGAGCACAGCAACCAGGACGAGCUGCUGAAGGCCAUACUGCUGGCUGGGUUGUAUCCCAACCUCAUUCAGGUAAAGAAAGGCAUUAUUACCAAAGGGGGGCGCUUUCGUCCCAAAAAUCUCGCUCUGCGCUCACUCAGCGGUCCGGUGCUGCUUCACCGCUCCUCAGUGAACAGAGGCAAAGAGGAUCUCCCCAGUCGGUGGCUGACCUUUUUCAGUGCGGUCAAGUCUAACGGGAAUGUUUUCAUCAGGGACUCUUCUGCGGUUCACCCCCUUGCCCUGCUGCUGCUCACUGACUGUGAUAUUUCAGAGACAGUAAACGGCGACAUGGUGGAGGUAUCUUUUCCUGGCCGCUCUCUGGUGCGCUGCGAGGUCCCAGUUCAGACAUGGGAUCUUCUCUGGGAGCUUCGCACCUCCAUUCAGACCAUGCUCUACCGCAACUUCAACAAUCCCGGCAACGCCAACAUUUCUCAAGAUGGAAAACUCAUAUCCUUACUUGUAGAGCUGCUGAACAAUACAAAGUCAAACCCUUUUGUUGAGAUGUCUGGCACAGAAAGUGAAGUAGAUUAAAAACUAUAUGUUUUCUGCAUGUGAGGUUUGACUCCGUGGCAAAUUUCGAAAUCGUGAAGCAUAUUUUAUUUCGAAAGCACUUUUGUGAAAAUGAUGAUCGCAACAAAUUCAAAUCCUCUGGAAAUUGUGUGCUGCUUUUUCUUUAUAAAUGCUUAACUCCAUCACUCCUAUCCAUACGAUGGUAGGAAAAUCCAGUUUUCACCUUUUUCUGUGUAUUUCAAAUGCCUUAUUGCUUUCUAAAGGAAAGCGGGUUAGGAUUUUACUGAGUAAGGACGGGUCAUUGAAAUUGUGAACAUUGUCAGGUUUAUUAAAACAACAAAAUGGCUUGCCAAUAUAAAGUCAUGAGUUUUGUUAUUUUUACUGACUGCGAUGUCAGAAGAGACCGUUUCCUGUUUUCAUGCAAACUCCCUCAUAAACUGUUUGUGGAAGGUGCUCAAACGUUUCAGUAUUUC